AUGUGGCAGGAUGACGAGGACAACAACCCAUAUGGGUCCUUUAAUAACCAGGACUCUGCCACUGAACCCUCCAAUCCAACUCUAGACUCAGACCAACCGACCUCACCGACCUCAUAUUCUACGUCCUCUAACCCAGCCUCCCAAUUCCACGCUGAUGGCGAUGAGGGGGAGGAGGAAGAGGAGGGACCGGCAGAAAGCGGGUUCGUCCCUCCUAAGGGUGGCUACGACAGUAGAGUCCAGCAGAUACUCUAUGAACAACCGGAUCUUGAGAUUGUCAUAACAGAAGCAGGCAAAAGCGCGGAUGGAGGCUACAUUGUGUACAAGAUUCGGACUGGAGACAUUGAAGUCGCGAGGAGAUACUCAGAGUUCAGCUCACUGCGCGCCGCCCUGAUCAAUCUGCAUCCCACCUUAAUCAUUCCUCCGAUCCCCGAGAAACACACGAUGGCAGACUAUGCCGCCAAACCCACCAAGGCAAAGGAAGACGUGGGCAUUAUCGACCAGCGAAAACGUAUGCUUGCCGUGUUCUUGAACCGUUGCCGGAGAAUGAAGGAGGUCGUUGAAGACGGCGUUUGGUGGAGAUUCCUGGAUCCCAAUUCCAGCUGGAACGAAGUCUUGCACGCCCAUCCAGUCGCUUCAGUGCCAAAGAAUAAUCUGAAAGCACCACCUCUGGAUCCUGCGAAUCCGACACCUGCUCACAACUGGCUGCCUAUCCCAUCUUCCUCUGCCAAACUCAGGCCAUAUGGGCCGAUCUCAAGCACUGGAACGCCUAUAUCUCCGCCGGAUCAGACCUUCCCCUCAGUUGCAUCACAUACGACACCCGGUCCUCAGAUCUUUGGGCGGUUCCCCAUCAAUUCGGAGCGACUGAGCGAAACUGACCUUGACCCCUACUUUAUCAACUUCGAGCAGAACACGCGGGAACUAGAGAUUUUGCUGCAAGGCAGUAUCGAAAAGGUAAACCGCCGCACUAUCGAGCAUCUAACAAAGCUUUCAGCGGAUCUUGCAGAGUUGGGCGCUCGGUACAAUGGCUUCUCACUCUCCGAGCAGUCACCUACUGUGGCAGCAGCAAUUGAGCGCAUAGGGCAGGCCGUGGACAGCACGUAUAUCUCCACGGAGGAGCUAGCACUUACUUUUGGCGCCACGUUUGCCGAGCCCAUGAGGGAGAGUGCACAAUUUGCGGGUGUCGUCCGCAAUGUGCUGAAAUAUAGAGUCCUGAAACGAGUGCAGCAAGAGAUGACGAGAGAGGAUUUGGAGAAGAAACGGCAUCUCUUGGAUCAGCUCGAGCGCAGCGAGUCAGAAGCGAAACGCAUCGAUGCAUAUCUAGCCGGUAGCACAACGCUAGCAAACCCACCGCGGCGCUCGAUGUCGAAUGCUUCUGUCAGGGCUUCCCAGGAGAGGAGGGAGGGGCAGCACGAAGAGACUGAAUCUGUUGAUUCUGACUUUCCACCUACCCAUGGCGAGCCUCCAUCAUCGCCUCCUUCGGCUGCUCAAGGACAGCCGCACCAGAAUCCUACAUCGCCGAUAACGCACAAGAAGUCUCCCAGCGGCAACUUCGUGACCAACAAGAUAUUUGGCAGCUUCAGACAUGCCGUGAAUGGCUUCGUGGAUGUUGACCCGGAGAGGACAAGGCGGGAUCAGAUCGGGAAAACACGAGAAAGCCUGUCUCAGCUGGAACAGGCUCUAGAAGUGUCGGAGAAGGACGUACACGACGCAACUCAGGGAGUGAUGCGAGACCUAAAGAGGUUCCAGAAGGAGAAAGAGGACGACCUCCAGAGAUAUAUGGUUGCGUAUGCGCGAUGCCAUAUCGAAUGGGCCCGGAAGAAUCUAGAGACGUGGUCGGAGGCGAUGGAUGAGGUGGAUAAGAUUGUCACGAGAUGA